AUGAGCAACAACAUCGACAAGGAGUUCGACGCUGCGGUGCAGCUUAUCACCAAGGGACCUGCAGCCGGCAUCAAGGCGCCCAAGAUCGAGCCCAGCAAUGAGCAGAAGCUCGAGUUCUACGCUCUGUUCAAGCAGGCCACUGUGGGACCCAACAACACCAAGCCGCCUGGCCGACUCGACCUCAUCAACCGCGCUAAGUGGACUGCGUGGAAGAACGUCGCCAAGUUGUCCAAGACCGAAGCCAAGAAGAAGUAUGUGGAGCUCGUGGCCAAGCAGCAGCCCAACUGGAAGGAGCUCGCUGCCUACACGGACGACAAGCCGGCUCAGUCCAAGGCCAAGCUGUAA